GCAGGAUGCGGCCCCGCAGUGGGAUCAGCCCGAGCUUUGUAUCCGAGCAAAGGAUUCGGCAGCUGGAACAGAAGCUGCGAGCUAAAGAAGAAAGAAUCAUAGUGCUGGAAACAGAAAAUGCUCUUCUGCAUCUCAAGCUUGCAGAGUGUCAAGGCAUGACUGGGAAAAGCUCAACUAAAGAAUUGCCCAAUAGCUUUGUAAAUUGCAAACUGCACCAUUUGCAUGGAAGUGCCAGGUUAACUGUAAUCCAGCUUUAUGAAGCAAUACAGAGACUGAAGCAAGACAUGAGGAAUCUCUGCUUAUCUGCUCUUGAAUUUUCAAAGGACUUCCAGAAUGAAAGCAGAAAUUCUCACUACCAGAUUUUGGCUGCUGUCCAAAGGCUACAGCUUCAUAAAGAGGCUAUACAAACAUUUCAGAUUAAAGCUCUCGAACUUGAACAAUCCUUGCAUGAUGUAAGUGAGAGAUACCAGAAAGAAAAAGAGAAGAGAAAAAUACUUCAUAAUAGUUUAGUUGAACUAAGGGGCAAUAUCAGAGUACACUGCAGGAUCCGUCCACUGUUACCAUUUGAUGCUGCUCCUGGAGAGCUGGUAUUAGAAAACAGGCAAAGAAGCUUAUCAGAAAAAGUGGUGUGUGCAGCUGAUGAAGAAACCAUAUUGGUAAAAUGCAACCGUCCUGGUCAUGCACUGAUAAACAAAACAGUGCAAUUUGAGAGAGUAUAUAGUGCUGUUGAAACUCAAGAGACUGUGUUUGCAGAUGUAUCCCCUUUGCUAACCUCACUGUUGGAUGGAUACAACGUGUGCAUUAUGGCUUAUGGGCAGACUGGAAGUGGAAAAACAUACACAAUGUUAGGACCACAACGUGAAGAUAAUUUUGCUUUCUCCCUGAAAGAUGCACCAGAAUUAGGCAUUAUUCCUAGAGCUGCUGAAGAAGUGUUCAGGCUCAUUUCAGAGAAGCCACCAGGAAGUCAUUGGAUUGAGGUUUCUGUUGUAGAAGUAUAUAAUAAUGAUGUUUUUGAUCUUCUUGCCAAAGACAACUAUGGAACAACAACUGGUGUCAAAAGGGACAUCAUCACAAAUAAGGAAGGGAAGAGUGAUAUCCCACUUCUUGUCUAUGAACCUGUUGAAGAUGCUGUGGAGUUCUUGGAGCUAGUUAAUAAGGGCCUGCAGUUAAGAGUCAAACAUCCAACACUUGUACAUGCUCAUUCAUCUCGUUCUCAUCUUGUGGUAACUUUGAAUAUCACCAUAAUGGCUGUCUUGGAGGAUGGCUUUGGUGGUGGUUCUAGCCAGAAGCUGAAUAAAGAAUAUUUCUUCAACUAUCCACACACUGUGAAAGAUGACACACCCACCUUUCCUUCCGGAACUAUUUCACCAGCCCUGUUACUUACUGAAUCUACAGAGAAACUCAAGCAAAUGAGAACAAAACUUCAGUUGGUAGAUUUGGCUGGCAGUGAAUGUGUUGGUAUGUCUGGUGUGACUGGAGCAGUCCUCAGAGAAACUUCCUUCAUUAAUCGCAGCUUGUCAGCUCUGGCAGAUGUACUUGGAGCAAUAUCUGAACGUCGCUCUCAUGUUCCCUAUCGAAACAGCAAACUUACGCAUUUACUCCAGGACUCCAUUGGUGGUGAUGCAAAAUUACUGUUGGUAUUGUGUGUCUCCCCCAGCCAAAAGUACAUAACAGAGUCCCUGCAAACCCUGGGAUUUGGAACACGAGCAAGGCAAAUUCAGCGCGGGCAAGCCAAGAAGAGAAACCAACCAGGGCUGAGCAAAUCCAAAUAAAAAAAAAUUAGAACUGGCUGGACCUUGGUUUGAGCUAGCAUUAAGACUUCUUAUAUUCACUCAAAAUAAAUUUAUAUUGAUUUGGGCAAUAAGGUUAAAAUACUGAAGGAUGUUCCAUUUUUGGCUCGUAAAAGAAGAUUCAAGUAUAAAGGACUUGCGGCUUUCUUGAGGAAAUGUGAUAUAAAAUAUAAAUGGCUGUUUCCAGAAGGCGUCUGGUUCAGAUAUAAGGAUCAAACUUACAAGAUCACAUCGGACGCGCAGCUGACAGACUUUUUGUUCAACCAUCAGGAGUUUCAGCAGGAAGA